AUGAGCGGCAUUAAUCCUUUUGCAGAGCAAGAGGUUGUUUCCUCGACUUCUCUGAUAAUCGCAGACUUAUUGAUUCCUGGUCGAGGAGAGCCAAUCAAAGAUGCAGCUCUCGUUUUCAAUGGCGGCCGUAUCCUCUACGUUGGAGGCAAAGACCAGAUGCCAGAAAUCUACACAUUGUUGCCUGCCACUAGGUUACCAGUCGUUAUGCCGGGCCUCUGGGACUGUCAUGUCCAUAUGCUUGGCCACGUCCAUUUUUCAGGGACAGCAAUCUGGAAUUUGAAUCCUGUCAUUGCUGGUGCCAGACUCAUUCGUGACGCAGCUGAACUGCUCGGUGCCGGUUUCACCUCAAUCAGAGACUGCGGGGGUCACGGUCUGUUGAUCGACAAAGUCAUUCAAGAAGGCCACAUGCCAGGGCCCAAAAUCUACUCUUGCAACGCCUUGAUCAGUCAAACAGGUGGCCAUGCAGACAACCACGAGCUGCCACUGAAUGUAUGGCGUGAUGCAUGUGAGAAACGGGUUCCUUGUCAUCUCUGCGAUGGCCCCGACGAGUGUCUGAAGGCUGUUCGUCUCCAGCUUCGACAAGGCGCAAACUUCAUCAAAGUUUGUGCCAGCGGUGGCGUCGGUAGUCCCGGAGAUAAUCCUGAGCACCGACAGUUUUCAGACCUAGAGUUAGAGGCCAUGGUCGCUGAGGCUUCUCGUGCUGAGAGAAUCGUUGCCGCGCACUGCCAUGGCAAAUCUGGAAUCAUCGCAGCGUUGAAGGCGGGAGCCCACACCAUCGAACACGGGACGUACAUGGAUGAAGAAUGCAUCAAGCUGAUGUUGGAGAAAGGAGCAAUUCUUGUUGCGACAAGGGCCAUCAACGAAGCCGUAAAAAAGCAAACACAGCUCUUGAAUCCCGAGAGCUUGAAGAAAUUUGAGAAGAUCGAACCUCAAAGGCGGGCAGCAUACGCAGCUGCAGUCAAAGGUGGUGUCAAAAUCGCAUUGGGCUCCGACUUUGGUGUGAGCAUACCAGGGCAUCAUGCCGGACAUGGUGCAAAUGCCUUGGAAUUGAAAUGCGCAGUCGACGCAGGGAUGACUCCGUUGCAAGCCAUCGAAGCUGGUACUGCCAACGGGCCGUUAACUUUAGGACCACAGGCUCCGUUAUCUGGAGAAUUGAAGGAGGGAUAUGAUGCCGAUUUCAUUGCUGUUGCGGGCAAUCCUUUGGAUGAUAUUGAGAUCCUGACAAUGCCGGACAAUAUCACGCAUGUGUGGCGAGGCGGGAAAUUGUAUAAAUCUCCUGGACUACCCGUAGUAACCAGCAAGCUUCAGAAAUGA